GAGUGUCUGUCUGGACGGCGAAUUUAGUUAACGGUAUUUCUUUAACACUGUUUGAUACGAAUUUCAAACCAAAUCAGUAAUUUGUCGGCGUCGUUUUGUUACAUGAAGACUCUGUAGAGAUAAGUCGAGAUAAAGAGAUCAGGACUCAGUCACAGUAGUGCGUGGACUGCACGCGGACUGUCAUCUGUGAUCAAUGCGUAUUUUAAUCGCGCAAAAAUAGAUGACGUCAGAGCGUUCGCGAAUACAGUUGCGCGUGAUUAAAUUGCGAUCAGAUUGAUUUCGCUGUAUCGCGUUUGCAGAAGGAUUUUGAAUGUAGCGCUAAGUUUAAAGAGGCAUGAAGUGUCUGGACUAUUUUAGAAGGAUGUAAUCAUGAUUUUUCAUCUAUUCGUCUUGAGGAACACUUUAUAAAUAUUAGUCAUUGUUGAUUUGAAGAAUCCGAGAUCAAUUUUGUAGUGACAUCAUGGAACUCUUUUGGAUUGCUUUCUUCGUUUUUGACAUUAUUUUCAUGUCAGACUGUGCCAGAGGUCCUCCACGUGUAGCGGAGAAGAUUGCCCACCGGCAGACUGUGAAGAUUGGACGCACCAUGAAACUUCAAUGUCCUGUGGAUGGGGACCCACCACCUCUCAUUAUGUGGACCAAAGAUGGACGGAACAUCCACAGCGGUUGGAUGCGCUUCAGAGUUCUCCAGCAAGCCCUGCGUAUCACAGAGGUGGAGGCAGAGGAUGCUGGAACAUUCAUUUGUAAAGCCACCAAUGGCUUCGGCAGUGUCAACAUUAACUACACUCUUAUCGUCAUCGAUGACUCUGGGAGUGCUGGGAGGGAAGGUGCUAGACCAGCUGGUGAAACCGAUUACUCCACUGACCAGACGGGUAAACUGGUACGGCCCCGUUUCACACAGCCGGCCAAAAUGAGGAAGCGUGUGAUUGCCCGGCCGGUGGGCAGUUCAGUCCGACUCAAGUGUGCUGCCAGCGGAAACCCCAGACCUGACAUAGUUUGGCUAAAGGACAGCAGACCUCUGACACCCGAGGAGGUGGGUGAGGGGCGUAAGAAGAAGUGGACCCUCAGCCUGAAGAACCUUACGCCCGAACAUAGCGGCAAAUAUACCUGUCACGUGUCCAACCGCGCCGGAGAGAUCAACGCCACCUAUAAAGUGGAAGUCAUCCAGCGCACAAAUUCCAAGCCCAUCUUAACGGGCACUCAUCCAGUGAAUACUACAGUAGACUAUGGUGGCACCACGUCUUUCCAGUGCAAAGUGCGUAGUGAUGUCAAGCCGGUUAUCCAAUGGUUAAAGAGGGUCGAACCCGGCGAUGAGAGCAAGUACAACUCCACCAUUGAGGUUGGGGACCAUCGCUUCGUUGUAUUGCCCACGGGUGAAGUGUGGUCGCGUCCAGACGGCUCCUAUUUGAACAAGCUACUUAUCACCCGGGCCAAGGAGGAGGAUGCUGGCAUGUAUAUCUGCCUGGGGGCCAAUACUAUGGGCUACAGCUUCCGCAGUGCCUUCCUUACUGUGCUGCCUGACCCAAAGCCACCAUUUUCUCCGAUUCCUUCUCUGCUACCCCCAAGUCUACCCUGGCCUGUCAUCAUCGGCAUUCCUGCAGGAGUUGUCUUUAUCCUGGGUACCAUCCUUCUGUGGUUCUGCCAGUCCAGGAAGCACUGUUCCUCAGGAGCCAUAAUCUCAGCCCAGACCUUACCCAACGGCCACCGGCAACCGCCCAGAGACCGAAUCCUACCGCCCACCGAUAAAGACUGCAUGGGCUCCAUCACUUAUGAGGAAUAUCUGGUCCAGCAGCAACAACAGCAACAUCUACUUGCCCAGGCUGUUCCGAAAGUCUACCCAAAGAUCUACUCAGACAUUCAUACACACACCCACUCGCAUAUGGACGGCAAUGUUCACCAGCACCAACACAUCCAUUACCAAUGUUAGCCCCUGUUUUCAGGAAUGGAGAUCUUCCUACUUACAGUACAGUCCUCACCACAAACAAACAGGAAACUAGUUCUGGCUCCUUCUGGUUCUAUUUCUUUACUUUUUGGACGUAUUAUGGAAGUGUUUUAGCCAAAAUAGUACAGUAUGUAGGCCGAAGUGAGUCAGGGCUUCUACCACUACUAAUGUUAGCCCCCGUCCUCACUUAUGGAGGCCUUACUACCUGCAGUGCUCAACAGAAACGGGAAACUCGUUUUGAUUUACAUAUUUCUAUGACCUACGGCAGGCUUUUAGCCAAAAUAGGGCAGUAUGUGGUCAAAGUGGGCAAGGGCUGCCUCAAACAAACAUUUCUGCUCGAAGUCUAGAGAAUGGAAAGACAAUUGAGCCAUGUUGUUUCAUUCUAACCGAUCUCUCGUUCUGAAUACAAGGAGCUCAAAGACAUUUUGAACAGUGGGGUGGAAAAAGGACAAAUAAUGAUGAUAUGUCAGUCUAGUUUGGAAUGGAGAAACAUUCAUGUUUCAAAGAAACACUGCUUCAGAUUUUGUAUGGGACGACAUAUUGUUUAUAUCCAGCAGUAACUGAAUUGGGUGAAUGUUUUGUGUCCUUGUUAAAGCUUAGUGUCUUUAACUGUUGUUUGGCUAAGUCAGGGGUGUCCAAACAUUUUCGGUCUGGUGCCAAAUGCAGAAAAAAUAUAUGGUGCCGCAGGCCGCAUCGCUGUAAUAAUUUAAAAAAUGGCUAGAAGCUACUAGAUUGCCACUAUGCAUAAUCUUUAUAUUGUACGCUUAAUAUUAUGCUAGUUUUAAUCAUAAUUUGUGCUCUAUGGAAUGCUUGUGUAGGCCCUACAUUUAAAUAAAGGAUAGGGUAUUUCACUCACAAAGAACUCUUAUAAUGGAACAGUGAUGCGUCUUAUACAAAAUUUUAUACUAAUUUAUUCACAUUUUUAUCUUUUUGAUGUCCAUUCAGUGGCACUGCAAAGAACAUAUAGAUCUGCAACUGAGUGUUGGAUGUGACCCAUCACAAUAAUCAGAAUCAGAUUACAUUUUAUCACUUCAUGAAGUGAUGCAAUGAAUUACUCUUUAUUUUCAAGGAAUUACUCUUUAUAGCUAUACAAUUAUAACUUCUGUUCUGUUGUUACUUGCAUUACAAAUAAGAUUUUUAUUUAAUCAAAAUUAGCACGCUUUAUUUUAUUUUGUAGACGUGCAUGUGCAAGCUGAGCACGCGCAUCAGGCACAGAUGUGCAAGUGUUUAAAGAGCUCUCUUCUACAGUAUUUCCUCACUCAAAUGGCGCUGGGAAGCCCAUGGAUAAUUUUACUUUUUUAACGAAAUAUCAGAAUACUUCCCAGUGCUGGGACAGCACGGUGGCUCAGUGGUUAGCACUGUCACCUCACAGCAAGAAGGUCCCAGGUUUGAGUCCUGGCUGAACUGGUCCAUUCUGUGUGGAGUUUGCAUGUUCUCCCUGCAUUUGCAUGGGUUUCCUCUGGGUGCUCUGGUUUUCCCCCACAAGUCCAAAAACAUGCAGGUUAAGAAAAUUGGACACUACAAACUGCCCUGUAGGUAUGAGUGAGAGUCCCCCAGCCACUGGGUGUUGCAUCAGGAAGGACCUCUGAUGUAAAACUUCUGUGGGAACCCCUAACAGGAGCAGCUGAAAGAAGAAAAAGAUGCUUCCCAAUGCUACAGAGGAUGUUCUGGAAGAGUAUGCUUGGGUUGCAUGUCUUUGUGUGUGCUCAGUAAACUGUUCAGCCACUUGCACAAUGCAGCUCUACUCAGUUGUAUGACAUGAGGUAUUGUGACAUUUUAACAAGAACAAGUACAUGAGAAAAGUAUCUAACCUGAUGUCAAUCUUUUAAUAAAUGCAUCAUUCUUUCUGCGGGGUGCUUCAUCCUUGAAAAUAAGGAGUAUUCGAAACUCCUGUUGAACUCUGCCAGUGGAUGAAGCUGGUGACAACACAGAACACACUAGCGGAGAUGAUGCACUCUGAAUAGCGGCUGCAAGUGAUAGCGACAUCCAGUGCUCAGAAUACAAAUUUCAAAUAAUUUCUCCAUAUUUGGCCUAAUUCUGUUCUAUUUCUAAAGUCUCUUGCAGGCCGCAUCGGAGCAGUCAGAGGGCCGCAUAUGGCCCGUGGGCUGGACUUUGGACACCCCUGGGCUAAGUGAACUAACGCCACAAUAUUUUAAUACGAUUUUUUAUAAGCCCAUUGACAAAUUUUGUGAACGGGGCCAAAAGAUUUUUCUUUUUUUUUUUUUUUUUUGCACCAAAUCUCAGUGAAACGUAUUUGUACUUUUGCAUGCAAAACAGAAUUGUUUGCAUAUAUUCGGAGAUCUAGUUACAGUUCAUUUAAUAACAUCUGAAAAUGUUGAUUCCUCGAUCUCCACAGGUUCUUUAAAGACAAGUUGAAUGCAUGAGGGCAUAUACUGUAUGUUUAUUUAGUUUUUGUAUAGUCUGCAGGUAUGAUAAUGAGUUUUUACAGUAAGAACUGGUGUAGGUUCAGUCAAUCAAAGAUCUAGUUUUCCUGUCUAAUUGUAUCUUUAUUCCACUUAAUGGAAAAAGAGGAUAUUCUUGAGCUAUAGUUAGAUAGUAACUUAAGGCAAUAACUCUUAAGAUUUUGGCAUUGUACGGUUCUGGCAAGGGGUUCCUCGUGUUUUUCAUUAGCUUUGUACUUGUAUUUUUAGGGCCUAAUCUGAAUAACCUGAGGUACCACAAUCCCAUAGUUCUUCUAUGGCCUUUGUGUGUGUGUGUGUGUGUGUGUGUGUGUGUGUGUGUGUGUGUGUGCGUGCGUGUGCGUGUGCGUGUGCGUGUGCGUGCGUGUGCGUGUGCGUGUGCGUGUGCGUGUGCAUGUGUGAAUGCGUGUGUGUUUGGGGAGGGAGUUGUAUUUUCAUAAGCUUGACCACUAUAAUGAAGACUGUGUAAAAUGCCUUUGACUGCUCAUGUAAUGGCUCCCCUUUAAUAUUUACUGAACAGAACUGAGUCAGAGAUUCAAAGACAAACUGUAGACUGAAACUCAUACGUAUUUAGCAUUAUCUGUGCAUGUGAAGUCUGUGUUUACCAUUAUGUUCAUGGUAAUGGGUCAAUGGACUGUGGGAAUUCAGGAAUGCACUUAACCCAGACAUCUGUUUGCUACAUUUUUAAAUUCAUUGUCCCUAUUAUUAUCAAAAAGUAAUCCAAAAAAGGAAACCUUGUCAAACUUUAAACAAUUAAUUUAUUUGUAAACAAAUUGUUUUAUGCUUCAAAUUGGGCAUUAUCUACAUGUUUAAACCAAAUACAAGUAUACAGCAUUGUCUUCCUCUUAGCUGCAGUGUAUGCUAUGUAGCAUAUAUCAAGUGUUAAAUAUUUAUAGAUGCUGUUGAAGAGCGUGACACAACGUUCGUAAUUAGGUAUCUUUGUAUGGACAAUCUUGUACAGUCUGGCCUGUUAUUAUGUUAAAAAAAUAUACAUUUGUCAUGUUGAAACAUUAAAAUCAUUUUAUCAUUAUAAAAUGAUAAAGCUUGUGUUCACCAGAUAUGAAACUGUUUUGUGUCAUGUUCUAAUGUGAAUAUUAAUUUAUGCUGUUGCAAAUUUACCAAUUUUUGGUAUACCCUCAAGUGUCCCUUUUUUAUAUCUGCUGUCAUAGUAGUGUCUAAACGUACCAAACAACAUGUUACUGUAACCUCAAAAUAGUAUUUUUACUAUCCAUUUACAACACUAUGACCAGUUAAAAAAGAUACAGAAUGUUAUGGUUUAUAUUUUAUCAGUUUACCAGAGUUUUUUCACAUUGUAAUUAUAGUUCAAAGGAUAAGUUUUGUGAAAUAAAUCAGAAAUACUAUAGCAGAUACCCAUAUAAACUCAGAAAAAAAGGAAACAUCCCUUUUUCAGGACACUGUAUUUUAAAGAUAAUUUUGUAAAAAUCCAAAUAACUUUACAGAUCUUGUAAAGAGUUUAAACAAUGUUUUCCAUGCUUGUUCAAUGAAACAUAAACAAUUAAUGAACAUGCACCUGUGGAACGGUCGUUAAGACACUAACAGCUUACAGACGGUAGGCAAUUAAGGUCACAGUUAUAAAAACUUAGGACACUAAAGAGACCUUUCUACUGACUCUGUAAAACACCAAAAUAAAGAUGCCCAGGGUCCCUGCUCAUCUGCAUGAAUGUGCCUUAGGCAUGCUGCAUGGAAGCAUGAGGACUGCAGAUGUGGCCAGGGCAAUAAAUUGCAAUGUCCGUACUGUGAGACGCCUAAGACAGUGCUACAGGGAGACAGGAAGGACAGCUGAUCAUCCUCGCAGUGGCAGACCAUUUAUAACAACACCUGCGCAGGAUCGGUACAUCCGAAUAUCACACCUGCAUGACAGGUACAGGAUGGCAACAACAACUGCCCGAGUUACACCAAGAACACACAAUCCCUCCAUCAGUGUUCAGACUGUCCGCAAUAGGCUGAGAGAGGCUGGACUGAGGGCUUGUAGGCCUGUUGUAAGGCAGGUCCUUACUAGACAUCACCGGCAACGACAUCACCUAUGGGCACAAACCCACCUUCGCUGGACCAGACAGGACUGGCAAAAAGCACAAGUCGUGGUUUUGUCUCACCAGGGGUGAUGGUCGGACUCAUGUUUAUUGUAGAAGGAGUGAGCGUUACACCAAGGCCUGUACUCUGGAGCGGGAUCGAUUUGGAGGUGGAGGGUCCAUCAUAGUCUGGGGCGGUGUGUCACAGCAUCAUCGGACUGAGCUUGUUGUCAUUGCAGGCAAUCUCAAUGCUGUGCGUUACAGGUUAAGACAUCCUUCUCCCUCAUGUGGUACCUUUACUGCAGGCUCAUCCUGACAUGACCCUCCAGCAUGACAAUGCCACCAGCCAUACUGCUCGUUCUGCGCGUGAUUUCCUGCAAGACAGGAAUGUCAGUGUUCUGCCAUGGCCAGCAAAGAGCCCGGAUUUCAAUCCCAUUGAGCACAUCUGGGACCUGUUGGAUCGGAGGGUGAGGCUAGGGACAUUCCCCUCAGAAAUGUCCGGAAACUUGCAAGUGCCUUGGUGGAAGAGUAGGGUAACUUCUCACAGCAAGAACUGGCAAAUCUGGUGCAGUCCAUGAGGAGGAGAUGCACUGCAGUACUAAAUUCAGCUGGUGGCCACACCAGAUACUGACUGUUACUUUUGAUUUUGACCCCUCCCCUCUGCUCGGACACAUUAUUCCAUUUCUGUUAAUCACAUGUCUGUGAAACGUAUUCAGUUUAUGUCUUAAUUGUUGAAUCUUUUUAUGUUCAUACAAAUAUU